AUGUCAUCAUCAGGAAGUUCAACGACCAAAUCAAAUGUCCUUCUAUCAAGUAUUGUAACAUCAGCAUUAAGUCAAUUCAAUUGGGCUGAAUUGGAACAGAAACAACCAAAGCCUGCAAAACCUGUUCAUGUCAAACGACCUAUGAAUGCCUUUAUGGUUUGGGCUCAAACUGCUCGGAAAGCAUUGACUGCAAAUUUGUCUAUUGUUAACAACGCACAACUAAGCAAAACGUUGGGCAAAAUGUGGAAGGAAUUACCACAAGAAGAACGCCAAUUGUUUGUUGAAGAAGCUGAACGUAUUCGUGAACAGCAUAAACGUGAUCAUCCAGAAUAUCGGUAUCAACCAAAACGAAAAGCUAAACACGCUCGUUAUCAUCCAUAUUCUACUCCUAAUACAAGCAAAUCUUCUGCAUCACCAUCAUCAUCAUCGGUGAACGACACAAGUGUCCAAAGUGAUCAUCAUCCACCUGCGGCUUCGUCUCCAUGUUCAUCAUCGUUCGACGAACCGUCAGGAAAUUCAUCUGUAUUUCUUCCAUCUUAUCCACCACAACAGAUCUAUUCCCACAAAUAUCAACAUUCUCACGAAGAUCUCCUCGACAACGAUGAAAACGCUUGUACUUCAAAAGAAAACUUUUCAGCAACAUCUUAUUACGUGCAAACACCGAUUGAUGCCGAUCAACAAUACGAAACGAACACAACUGGACACUAUCCGACCGAAAAUUUUGCGUAUCCAAAUAUGUACAAUGCGUAUUAUCCAUCGUUUUCUCAUCAUUCUGCAGUGCCCGAAUACAAUUCAAACGGUACCCUCUACAAUGCAAACUACGGUGUACUUUCGUACGACGCAUCAUAUAUGGCACAUCCGUCGAACACAAUGAAUUUCAAUUAUCUGAAUGCUCAUUAUUCGUCUGGUCAAUAG